GCGGUUGGGGAAACGCCGGGCAAACCCGGCCGAGAUGCGGCCGCUGCUCCGGGUGUCGCUGGGCGGGCCGGGGGCAUCGCGGGCCGGAGGUGGGCCGGGGCCGUCCGCCGUGGCACCCGCGCACUCUUAGCUCCCCGGACCUGCCUGCGGGCCCGGGCCCUCCUUGUCGCCUAAUCGCCCGCCGUCCCCUCCCCUCUACCCUUUGUGCCGCCGCCGCUCGGAGUUCCCGGCCCCGCAGGACCCCGGCCGGGCCAGAUCGCCGCGGCGCAUCAGCCCGCUGUGGGCGCCAGGUCAGCGGCCGAUGGCGAAGGGGCGCAGCGCGGGCGGGGGCGCUGCAGCCCGAGUCCGCGACGCGGGAGCCCGGGCCCGCCUCCGCCGCAUUGUCCCGGGCCCCGCACCGCGGCCCUGAGCCGCGCCGCCGCAGCGCCCGCCCGCCCCCGCAGGGCCAUGCGGAGGGCCGCCGGCAUGGAGGACUUCUCCGCAGAGGAAGAGGAGCACUGGUACGACCAGCAGGACCUGGAGCAGGACUUGCACUUGGCCGCUGAGCUGGGGAAGACACUGCUGGAGAGGAACAAGGAGCUGGAGGCGUCGCUGCAGCACAUGUACGCCACCAACGAGGAGCAGGUGCAGGAGAUCGAGUACCUGACCAAACAGCUGGACACGCUGCGGCACGUGAAUGAGCAGCACGCCAAAGUGUACGAGCAGCUGGACCUGACCGCCCGCGACCUGGAGCUGACCAACCAGAAGCUGGUGCUGGAGAGCAAGGCCGCGCAGCAGAAGAUCCACGGGCUGACGGAGACCAUUGAGCGCCUGCAGGCCCAGGUGGAGGAGCUGCAGGCCCAGGUGGAGCAGCUCCGGGGCCUGGAGCAGCUGAGAGUGCGCCGGGAGAAGCGGGAGCGCAGGCGCACCAUCCACACCUUCCCCUGCCUCAAGGAGCUGUGCACCAGCAGCCCCCGGUGCAACGAUGCCUUCCGCCUGCACAGCUCCUCCCUGGAGCUGGGCCCCCGGCCCCUGGAGCAAGAGAAUGAGAAUCUGCAGACGCUGGUGGGAGUGCUGCGCUCCCAGGUGAGCCAGGAGCGGCAGCGCAAGGAGCGGGCGGAGCGCGAGUUCGCCUCGGUGCUGCAGGAGUACUCGGAGCUGGAGCAGCAGCUGAGCGAGAUGGAGGGCUGUCGCCUCCGCGUGCAGGAGCUGGAGGCCGAGCUGCUGGAGCUGCAGCAGAUGAAGCAGGCCAAGACCUACCUGCUGGGCCGGGAGGACCACCUGGCCGAGGCCCUGCUGGCCCCCCUCACCCAGGCCCCUGAGGCCGAUGACCCCCAGCCAGGCAGCGGGGACGAGUUCGGGGCCCAGGACGGCGUCUCCUCCCCGGCCACCUCCCCCAGCCACGCGGUGCGCAAGAGCUGCAGCGACACGGCGCUCAACGCCAUCGUGGCCAAAGACCCCGCCAGCCGGCACGCGGGCAACCUCACGCUGCACGCCAACAGCGUGCGCAAGCGGGGCAUGUCCAUCCUGCGCGAGGUGGACGAGCAGUACCACGCGCUGCUCGAGAAGUACGAGGAGCUGCUGAACAAGUGCCGGCAGCACCGCGCGGGCGUGCGGCACACGGGCGUGCAGACCUCGCGGCCCAUCUCCCGGGACAGCUCGUGGAGGGACCUGGGGGGCAGCGAGGAGGGCCAGGGCGAGGCCAAGGCGGGCGAGAAGAGCCUGAGCCAGCACGUGGAGGCCGUGGACAAGCGGCUGGAGCAGAGCCAGCCCGAGUACAAGGCGCUCUUCAAGGAGAUCUUCUUCAGGAUCCAGAAGACCAAGGCCGACAUCAACGCCACCAAGGUCAAGACCCACAGCAGCAAGUGACCCUGUGCCGGCCUGCAGCCUCCCCCAGGCCGGGCCCGGGUCCCUCGAGCCUGGGCCCGCUGCCGCUGGUGAGUGAGGGAGCCUUUUGGCAGCAGUACAUCCCAGUGAGGCCGCUCCAGAGAGCUGGCGGGGGCACAGCUGCUCCCUGCAGGUGUGGGGGCGAUCCACAGGUCAACACGCCUGGCCUCCCAGAACCCCCCACCGUCCUGUGUCAGCCCAAGGCACAGCUAAGAGUUUCAAAGCCAAACGUCCCCCCUUCCCUGGGGAUUCCCAGCCCCCCAGCUUUCUGACCCUAGAUUUGUGGCCAGGCUUCUAAAAGCCAUCUGGACCAGUUGUUUUUUUGUUUUGUUUUGUGUUGCCCCGAAGUUUGGGUUUUUUUUUUGAGAGAUUUGCAAUGUAAGGUCCCCCUGACCCCUUGCCACAACUGGAAACACUUGAAGGGGGACCCCAGAGCCAGCUGUGGCCGGUUCCCGGGGUCUCCUUGACCACCCACUGCUUCUCCCCAGCUGUGACACUGUCAUUCCCUUAGCACCAGCUGUCCCACCCCCAGGGCCCUACCCAGGUCAGAGAUGGCCCUGCCAUGCAGAGCAGAGAGCCUCAGCCUGGCCCCGAGUGCCCCCUGCCCCUCCCCCCACACCCCCACCCCCGCCCCCGCCCUAGUGAGGUGGCCUUCUCCCCGGAGACCCUCAGCCCACUGCAGAUCUGUAGCCAAUCGGGAGGGGAGCAGAACCCCUCGCAGCCAUACACGAGCGGUGCACCGUUUCCCUCAGAGCCAGCCUCCUCGGGCUCCAGCCCUGGAAAUGCCUUCUGGGCAUUAAGCCUUCCAGGGGUCUGGGCGGUGGGGAGCCCCCCAUCUCUGCACCCCACCUGCAACUCAAGUUUGGCCUCUGCCUACCCCCACCUCAGGGACCAUAACGUGUCUCAUUCACUCCCAUGCUCCCCCCAGCUGACCCCACAGCAGGUCACACCUGCUGCCCCCAGAACGUCCUGGGCAUGCGCAACAAGCCAGCGGCCCCAGCGUCCACCCCUGCCCCCCUUCACUGGGCGGCCCGAGACUCGCCCCACACUGAGCGGUUCUGAAACGCGACCCGGAUGGAGAACAUGUCUCCUUCCCAUAAAAAGCCUGCUCUUACCCUCCUGCCAGGGUCGGGGGCCUUGAGGACCCGGGGGUCAGGGGCUUACUCUUUGGUUAAGGCUUUAGAAAGGCCAGCUGCACGAAGGGAUGCCAAGGUCCCAGCCUGCCCUGAGCCACUCUCAGGGUUCCCGUCUCUGCCGCCCAUCCCGAGACCCCACAAAUCCGAGGAGCCAGACGACCCGGUGAAGGCGGUGGCCCGGCCUCCGCUGGGAGCCCAGCGGGAACCUCCAUGCCUUACUUGUUUCUAAGGGGUACAGGGGUCUUCACACGCCGGCCUCCCCCGAGGCGCCACCGGCUCUCUGGGCGGCAGGCACUGUGCUGAGCUGUCGGUUGGCCGGUCCUCCGUCCACACACCUUGGAGCCCUUUGUCCUGUGGGGCUGGGCAGCUCCCAGCCCUCCCGCGUCGGUCAUCUAGGGGGAGGGGGUGGGUGCGUCGGGGUGGGGGAAGGGCUCCUGCCUGUUUGUUCCCUGUUCUGUAGCAGCCCACCAGCAUCACCUUUGAAGUAUACAUGAGAGAAAUAUAUUUGCAAAUGCUUUAUUCUCUUCUUUAAUAAAAAAUGCACCAGUAUUCUAAAAGCAGAAAUGGCCCGACCCAUGUGCUUCUGUGCGUCUCACACCCCCGCCUCCAGCACUUAGCUUUGGGGAGAGAGGACUUCCUGAGCCCCGUCCCCCAAUGCAUGGCAGUUAGGGAGCUCUGAGUGGGAGGUCUCGGAAGCUGCCGUGUUUACGAGUGCCAGCUAUGAGGGGCACCCCAUGCUGGGGGCACCUUCCUUGUUGGACAGAUUUUGCAGCUCCCAACCCACACCUGCCAACAGCUUCGACUUCAGAAACCAAAGAAGAGGCCCUGAAUCGGGGGGCUCAGUUCCUCGCUGCCUUCUCCACACUUCAGUUCCACAUGGAAAAUUCUGGGGGCUCUGUGGGUCCCAAUCCCAUGAGGAAACGCUUCCAUAACCUUCCCCCGGAGGUCAGCUCAGGGAGCUCCCCGCUGCACCCCUUCCCCUCCUGAAGGAGCCAGGGGCAACCUCCCUGGGGCCCUGGAGGUGAGGACGGUGUGGUGUGGGGAGUCCACAGCUAGACCCCAAAGUGGUGGCGACUGCUUUUGAACCCACCUGCCCAGCAUGCGGUCCCAGUG